GAGGAUAAGGAUGUCGGUGCUCAGCGCGCUGCCUUUCCUGAAGCCUGUUCACCUGCGGUCCCCCCGCAGCUCCCCCGGGGGCCAGCGCCGGCACACGCUGCCGGCCAGCGAGUUCCGCUGCCUCAGCCCCGAGGACGCCGUCAGCGUCUUCGAGAUCGAGCGGGAAGCCUUUAUCUCUGUCUCUGGGGACUGUCCCCUGCACCUGGACGAGAUCCGCCACUUUCUGAACCUGUGCCCGGAGCUCUCCCUCGGCUGGUUUGAGGAAGGGCGGCUGGUGGCCUUCAUCAUCGGCUCCCUCUGGGACCAGGAGAGGCUCAGGCAGGAGGCCCUGACCCUGCACAAGCCGCAGGGCACGGCUGUGCACAUCCACGUGCUGGCCGUGCACCGCACCUUCCGGCAGCAGGGCAAGGGCUCCAUCCUGAUGUGGAGGUACCUGCAGUACCUGCGCUGCCUGCCCUGCGCCCGCCGCGCCCUGCUCAUGUGCGAAGAGUUCCUGGUGCCCUUCUACCAGAAGUGUGGCUUCGAGGCGCUGGGGCCCUGCCAGGUGACGGUGGGGGGCAUGGCCUUCGUGGAGAUGCAGCACUCGGUGAGGGGACACGCCUUCAUGCGCAGGAACAGCGGCUGCUGAGCGCCCUCCGCGCCAGCCCCGCUCAGGAGGGGCUGCAGAGGGGCUGGGGAGGUGACUAAGAGCCUAUGACCCCUCUCCACCCCCACCACGGCUGCACAUCGUCCCUGGC